AUGGGAUCUCACAAAGGCUAUUUUGCACCGUCAUCGAGAACUGAAGAGGUUGUGCUGCUUCUUCUUAUCAGUGAGGUGCUUUCUACGAGAGAAGUUGUGUUAAGUCGAAGUGCCGACGUGUCAUCGUCACGGCAUCAGUCGAUUCGAAGUGCGAAAUCGGUGUAUAAUCUGCUCACGUUGGUGUUGUCAACGCUUCGUCAGUACCAUUUAUUGUCUACGAUCUAUGAGAGAGCUAUGAAAUUUGUCAACCAGGACGAGUUCUUAUGGCAACAAUUUGCUCUUUCUCUGGUAUGUCGGGGUCGAUGGCUGCGAGCUGUUCGGGUACUGGAACAGUGCAUCGCUGCAGAAAGAAAAGAUUCGAACCAUUCUGGAGGGGAACUGGAACCAGUUUCAUCAAACACCGCCAUGCACCACAUGCAAGCUGCUGUUCUGCAUAUGGAACAUCUUGGUCAGAAUGACGCCGCUAUCAACCAUGCCAUGGCCGCGGUGGCGCUGUGUUCUGAGGGUCCGUUGUCCUAUCUGAAAGGAAGGGCUCAACUGUUGAGAAAAGCUCAGCGGAGCCAUGCUUCGAGAAUCGACGGCGACUGCUCGGUAAAGCGUUGGCAAUGUUCGAGAACUUCCGAGAUUUGGAAGCAGCUCGUGAACGUUGUGCCUAGGUCUCUAGAAUUAAACGCAGAGCAGCCGGCUGCUAUAAUGCUGUUAGCUCUUAUUUUCACCGCUGAAGCUGACCUUAAGGGUGCACUCGAACUAGUGGUAAAUGCAUUGAAAGAUUUUCCGACACACUACGGUCUUCUAGUUCUCCGAUUGCAUAUUGAAACUAAAUUUGGUCGAAUCGACGAGUCUCUGGGUACUUGUUCUUAUUUGCUGGAUUUUUGGCGAAAACGAGACUGCUGCAUUGAAGAUGAACGAGUGCAGCUCACUCUUAAUGUUGCUGAUGGUCAGAGUAUGCUGAAAGAUGCGCCCAGUGUGAAAGCAGGCACUCCAUCAAUCGGGCGGGAGUUAUCGUCUUCGACGCCACUGUUUGCGACUCCGCUUGGUAUCGGCAUCACCGCAGACAGUGGUGUACCAGCCUCUGAAGUUGGAGGCCAAUCAGCCUCCAGUGAAGGCGGUGGAGUUGCUGGGAGUGCAUCGUCAGCAUUAUGGACGCGUUUUCGAGCCCAGGCUAACAUGUGGAUGGCGUUAGCGGAGUUGUUCUUGGCGGAAGGUCGUCUCAAUGAUGUUGCGCCGUGUGUAGAGCAGGCUGCCAUUCUGUUUCCACAUGCACAUCAGGCUUUGUACCUCAAGGGUCGGUUAUUCGCAGCAAAAGCUGAGAAGGCGCCAGAUGAGGCAACAGCAGCAAAGUUCCGAGCAGAAUCAAAUGGAACUGGUACGUGUGGAUCCAUUGAACUGUCAAUGGUGGCAAGAGUUGGGCUGUUGUUUGAUGCGUCGGGAAAGCGUGGAUCGAGCUAUGGAAUGUUUCUCAGCUGCUUCACAGCUCGAUCGAUCUACACCGCUUAUCGCCUUUGCUUCAAUCCCACUCGUCUUUCCAUC